AUGGUCCCCCUACGUAUUUUUUGGCCUCUGGCCCUAAUUCUCUUUGCCGGAAUAUCUGCCACCCAUGCCUUGGUUCUUGAUGUUCGACAAGAUACAACGACAUCCGAUGGUACGACGACUACGACCUCUACAACAUCGUCGACGUCGAGCCAGACAUCCACGACAUCCACAGCUUCGACGACGAGUUCCUCCUCCUCCUCCUCCUCCUCCUCCUCCUCCUCCUCCGGUACAAGCUCUACCACCUUGAGUAGUAGCAGUACGAGCAACAGCGCCAGCGCCAGCGGGUCAAGCACAGUUGCAAGCAGUACAGUUGCUCAGUCCAGCAGUACAGUCGCGUCUUCCACAACCGCCAGUGCCUCUGCAACAGAGUCUUCCUCUACCAUGUCUUCGGGCUCUAGCCUUGGAGUAGGCGCUAUUAUCGGUAUUGCGGUAGGAGUCUUGGUAGCAGCCAGCUUCGCUUCGAUCCUCUUUUCUUCCAUCCGUAAACGAAGGCAUAUCACGAGAAAGAGACCUCGCGCGUCGUUUUACGAUCCUAAAUUCUUCGUCCUUCCUCACAAGUCAGCCGAGCCUGAUCUCUCUAUGACGCAAUCACAGCUGAAAGGGUUUCUGGCUCCUAAUGCUACAGUCGGCAGGAACAGAUCACACCGGCAGACAGACAGCAUGGGAACGUCUUCGACCCCCCUUCUCCCUCUCAACCGCCGUGAUGACGAUACAUCGCACGGAGGUGAGUCAAACGUAUACGCAACAUCUUCUUCUUCAACUCCUCGGGCGUCGGUAGAUCAUGAGCGUGACGAAGACAUUUCGACGUCCGACCCUUCAUGGCUUGGCCAUGACCACUAUCCAUCUCCGUACAUAGAUACUGCUGGCGAGCCUCCCUCAGCCGCCCAAUCCACGGUCUUUUCCCCGACACCCCAGCUCGGAUAUCGUCCGCUUAGUACUACAGACCAAGCGGACUUUUCCUUGAAGGCGAUACAGGAUACCUUGGAUAAAGGCAAACGUAAUUCUACCUCCCCUGCAACGGGGGUGUAA